CUUGCGCCCAAAUCACCAACUCAUAUACUGAGCCUGGUGGGCUCCCGUUACAAAAAAAACGAAAAGUCCUUUCCCAGAAAGAACAUGGGCUUCCGAUGCUACCACUAAUCACCGGUCAAUUUCGGAAGCCCAGAAAGAAUACCCGACCGGAACGCCCGCGCGCGCGUGCGUAGUAUCUCGUAACCGAGAUGCCGACGCCGGCGGACUCGGCCGGCCGCCUCGCUGGCGCGUUUGGCGCCAGUGGCUCCGAACCGCAAGCGCAACCGCAUCAAAACACCCCCCGCCGUGCCUCCUCCGAUGGUCAGCGCAGAUCCGCAGCCUCAGGCUAUCCAUCGCGCUCGAAGCAGGCCGAUCGGAGGAGCAGGCGGGCCGCGCCGGCUGCCGCAGCACCGGUAGCGCGGGCCCAGCUCGUCUCCCUCCGUGAUGGCCGACGUCGACGCGGGCGCCGCCGAGGAGCCGGACCGCAGGGCGCGUGCGGCGUCCCUGUCGUCGUCGGAGGGGAGCGACCACGACCACGACCUCGACCUCGACGAUAAGCCCGUGCUGGGCCAGUCGGCGCCGUCCCCGGCGCGCUCCGCGGGCCACGCGCUCGAGGAGCCGCCGAAGCGGAAGGCGCCGGGCCGGCGGUCGCGGCCGAUGCGGAUGUUCCAGAGCAUGUGCCGGUCGCUGCCGCUGCUGAACCCGCGGUGCGGGCGGCCGCUGCAGGCCGGCGCGUGCCGGAUCGCGCCUCCCGCGCGGCUCACCCCGUCGGACUCCCUGCUGUCGCAGCUCAUGGGGUCCUCAUCCAGCGCGGCGGCGGCGUCCCGCCACCGCCUCACGGGCACGCUCUUCGGCUACCGCGACGGCCGCGUGUCGUUGUCGCUGCAGGACAACGCCCGGUGCCGCCCCACGCUGGUCGUGGAGCUCGCGCUCCCGACGCACGCGCUGCUCCGCGAGCUCGGCGCCCACGCGGGCGCGCGCAUCGUGCUGGAGAGCGAGAAGCACGCGGAGCCCGCCGACGCCGGCGGUGACGGCGCCGGCGCCGGCGGCGCCAGCUUCAAGCAUCACGACGACGACGGGUGGGUGCUGGAGGAGCCCAUGUGGACCAUGUUCUGCAACGGGAAGCGCGUGGGGUACGCGGUGCGGCGGGAGCCCACGGAGGAGGACAUCGCGGUGCUGGAGACGCUGUGGGCGGUGACCAUGGGCGGCGGCGUGCUCCCCGGCCGGUCGGACGUGGACGGGCCCGACGGCGAGGUGGCGUACAUGCGCGGGAGCUUCGAGCACACCGUCGGGUCCCGGGACUCGGAGUCGCUCUACAUGGUCAGCCCGCCCGGCGGCGAGGGCCCCGAGCUCGCCAUCUUCUUCGUUAGGCUAUGAACCGAACCAUUCCCUAAUCCUCGCAGCCGCACCCGUGGCCAGAUUUUUCCUCCCCCUCCUCUGUACUGUCUCGUUCGUCAGCCUGAGCGUCAGAAAUUUUCGCUGCCGCCAUCAAGGAACAUUUUCCUCUUUUUGCAAAACAAAAAAGGAUCACGACAAGUCUAUAUA